CGAGAAAGUAAUUUAAACAUAAGAAUGGGCAUAAGUAAUUUAAAAUCAUUUAGAGUAAUCAAAUGGGAAAAAACAAAAACUAACAUAUUUGAGUAAAAUACCAAAUUUUUGGAAGAACUAUCAAAUUUCUCAUCUUAAGGUUUAAGAGUAAUUUGAUAGUGGAGAUAUAGUCUUAUUUAAAUCAAAACAUAAAUUAGCUGUCGCUUAUAGAAAACUUGUGUGUUCUGAAUUUGAUCAUGUUGCAAUUUGUUAUAAAUAGAAUGAAGAACUUUAAGUUUAUGAAGUAGUUUAAAAAGGAGUUUAAAUGUUUUAAUGGGGUAAGAAAAAUUGGUAAUUUAUGAAAUAGAUUAAUUAAAGCUAUAAGAAUGGUAUAAACAUUUUGAGAAAAUUUGUAUAAGAAAACUAAACUAUAAUAAAAAAAAUGAUUAUAGAGUGCGCUUUUCGAAUUUUUUAGAGGAAAACUUGGGCAAUGAAUAUAACUUGAGUGUUGGGAAAAUUUUUACAUUUACAUCUAAGAUAAAAAAACCAAAUAAUGGAGAAAAAGUAGAAUAAAAAAGAUCUUUCUUUUGUUCUGAAUUAGUCGCUAAAGCAUAUAAAGUAAUUGGUCUACUUGAUUAAGGAAAAUCUUGUACACAAUAUUAUCCAAAAGAUUUCUCUUAAGAAAAAGAGUUAGAAUUAUUAUAAGGAGCAACGUUGAGUCCAGAAUAUCUGGUUGUUUUUGAAGAAUGA